CUCUUUAAUGAGAGGGGAAAAAAAAAAGUAGUUUAUCAGUAAUUAAUUCUGUAGUUUACUCUUGGAUUAAAAAAAAAAACGAAAGAGGCGUAGUGAGAGCCCAAGAGCGCGUUGUUGGGCUUGGGCCUAAUAGAGUGUCUCGAAAUCUCACUGUUUGGAUGCAGUGAUAUCUCUCUCCAUCACCCAAAAAGAAACACAAAUUAGAAAUAUUUGCAGAGAGAGAGAGAUUUAUUAAUUUCCCGGCACAUCAAAAAAACUUUAUCGCUACUAAGUUCGAUGGGAAGACUUUGGGAAUCACUCCCCGUGACUCUUCUACUCUCUACUCUUCUUCUUCUUCUUCACCAAUCACUCGCUCAGGGAUUCGAAGAAUCUGAAUCUAAUAGAUUGGUUAACGAAGAAGAAGUAGGAGGUAUUGCUCCAGAAAUACAUUGUUCCCGAGCAAGAAGUCGAGCUGCUUGGCAGAUUCUACAAGAUUAUUUGACGCCGUUUGUGGAACGAGAAAGAUAUCAAAUUCCAAAGACAUGUAGGCUUCAUCCUGAUAAUGAUUUAUACAGAGAUCAGGAACAACACAAGAUUCAUGUCGAUAUCUUCGAAUGGAAGUGUGGUUACUGCAAGAAAAGUUUCAAUGAAGAGAAGUUCAUUGACAAGCAUUUUGCCACUAGACAUUAUAAUCUUUUGAAUACGAGUGAUACAAAGUGUUUGGCCGACUUGUGUGGUGCAUUGCAUUGUGACUUUGUAUUGAACUCUAAGAAACCUAAGACCAAGUGCAACCCUGCAGCUGUUGCCAAAAACCGUCAUCUCUGCGAGAGCGUUGCCAAUAAUUGUUUCCCAGUAAGUCAAGGUUCCUCAGCUAGCCGUCUUCAUGAACACUUUUUGCGCCAAUUCUGUGAUGCUCAUACCUGCACUGGAAAAGAUAAGCCGUUUCCUAGAGGAGGCAAGAAGAGAUCAGGUGUCUUCUACCUCGCAAUAUCAAUAUUGACCUUGAUGCUACUCCCACUCUUUUAUCUUCUAGUCUUCUUACAUCAAAGAGAAAAGAGAACCGGAACACAAGAGUUGCGUCGGAUUAUAAAAAGUGGAAAGAAACCAAAACCAUCAUAAGAUGGUGAGCUUCAGACUGCUCAUGAGAGAGCAAAACGUGUUCAAAUUCGAUAUUGGUUUGGAAUGGUGACUCACAAAUCUUCCACAUUACUUCUCCUUUUCAAGCCAAACUACGGAUUCCCAAAAGAGAGUGUUUCUUUGUGGUUAUGAAGUUAGUUGCUAUGGAUCUCAGAUGGAUUACAUACUGUAAGCUUGUAGAAACAGAUGAUUCCGUCCACAGAAGUAGGAUUAGUGAUUAAUUCCAUUGUAAUUGUAUCGGACCUUCAUACAUAUCAAUGAAAACAUCCAAUUUGAAACACAA